UUUAUAAGAGUCUCCGAGGUUAUUGCGGCGCACCCGAUUCAUGGGGUUGUCGGCAGCAUCGUUCGUGCUUCGUUAGGUUCUGUAAUGGACCAGUGCCUAUGUACCUUACACCAUGGUUGCAGUCCAGCCUAGAGAGGAAGCAGCAAGAGGUUUCGCGCAGCAAGUGAAUAAUGUUGAAAGGGUGCGUUGCACUUUGCAUCCUCAUAUUAACGGGAACAGUCGUGUGCGGAUAUCUGCCUAAGAGCGUACUGGAAGAUGCGUCUAACGGAACCCGGAACGGCUUGGCUACAUCCAGUUCCCUUCUGGAAGUGCCUGAGCUUACUCCAGAUGUCUUGGAAGGAAAUAACAGCCUCAGUCAAGAUGGCGGCAUACGGGGCACCAAACUGGCAGACGACAGAGAGGCGGAAGACUGCGUUCCGCCCUCCAUCGACGAAUUUCCUCGCGACUUGUUCAGCAACGAAAGCCGUCAAUCGGGGGCUCUGGUGUUGCAUUUCUUGGCCGUAGCGUACCUCUGCUGUGCCCUGGCCAUCGUCUGCGACGAGUACUUCGUUCCAUGCUUGGAGCUUCUCUCUCGUGUCAUCAGAAUCCCAACGGAUGUCGCUGGGGCAACUGUCAUGGCGAUAGGAACUUCUUCGCCAGAACUCUACUCCGCUAUAAUAGGCUCCUUCAUCACGAAGGGCGACAUAGGCUUAGGUACCAUCGUGGGCUCAGCCGUGUUCAACAUCCUCGGCGUUACCAGCGUCACGGGCCUCUGCCUUCUCAGCAACAGUGUGCAGCUGGAGUGGUAUCCUAUCCUAAGGGAUUUUAUCAUCUACGUUGUUUGUGUGACUCUGCUCGCUGUCUUCAUAUACGACAGCACGGUGCACUGGUACGAAGCAGGAUCAUUACUCACUCUAUUUGUCUUCUACAUCGCCAUCAUGUUUUUCAACGCUGGACUCAAACGCGCAGCCACCAAGCAGGUAGAUGCCCUGAUCCGCCUGAUGAAGCGAGAGAAUGGCUCUCAUUUGAAUACUAAAAACGCUCUGGCCCGCAAGGAAAUUGCUCCGCUGAUAGCUGUGGUUCACCAGAACGGUACGACGAGUCUGCAGCCGCAACUCCAUAAGACUCAAGAACCAAGUGGUCGUCACGUGUUGCCCACAACCCAAGAUACCACAGAACAGAAAGCAGGUGGCCACAGCACAGUCGACGUAGCGCAAUGUUCUGUGUCUGGUCCCCUUUCCACAGGAUCCUUUCUCAAUCAGGUGCAUGCUCCAGAGAACCAUGCUGCUGUAGACACCAAAGCAGACGCUAGUUCGGUUCUUCUCCGCUGCGGCGAGACAACGACGGCGAAGACGACGCCCUCUACCGAGGAUGAAGUUCUCUUCGUGCCUUUCACGACACCGAGCGGCGGUUGGCUACCUUGGGUAUGGUGGCUGGUCACGUGGCCGGCUGCCUGCAUCUUUUUCGUGACGGUGCCCAAUUGCAAACGGUUUCCUAGGCUGUUUCCUGCAACUUUCGUCAUGUCUGUCCUAUGGAUUGGGAUCCUAUCUUAUCUCUGUGCUUGGAUGGUCACAGUCAUCGGCUACACAUUGAACGUACCUGACUCUGUAUCCGGUCUCACCAUACUAGCGGCCGGCAUCAGUGUUCCUGAAAUCAUCACGAGUGUUCUUAUUGUAAAGAUGGGCUUCGGCAACAUGGCCAUCAGCAACCUGCUCGGCAGCAACAUCCUGGACAUCCUCUUCUGUCUGGGCCUUCCGUGGCUAGUCAAGACGUGCGCCUCCGGGCCGUUACACAUCAACAGCGGUGCCUUGACCUACACUACACUCACCUUGCUGGCGACUACGGUGCUCAUGGUAGUCACUCUGUGUGCCGCAGGGUGGCGCCUGAACUUAAAAGUGGGACUGGUGUGUCUGCUGCUUUAUGCGGCUUUCAUUGUCCUAGCGUGUUUGUACGAACUCAAUGUCUUCGGUGACUUCAACCCUCCUACCUGCGAAUUACAAGGAACAUAAGCUUGGAUGA